AGAGGGCAUUCAGCGUAUACUCAAGUAACAAAAGAACCCACCCAAAAACAAGUUUAGCAGUAGGGGUCGCUGUCUGAAAAUAUCUCUACUGCCUCCCCUGCGUGCGUCAGUUAACCACCCCCUGGCCAAUGAUAAACUGAGUCAAAGCUCUGCCGCAGCCAAUCAGAGCGUGGAGCGGUUUAAAGGUAUUUAAAAGCGGAGAUUUGAAUUUAAACACAGUGAAGUGAGUAAAACAACACGCAUUAUUCCUUGGAAAGUAACAGGAAACGUUGAAAAAAUAAAUAUUAUUCUUCGAUGCAGCGACGAUCACACACAAGGACACUGAGCCGCGGAAACAGCGGGGUGGGAUUAUAAUACAGCGGCCUGGCCUAAAGAAACAGUGAGAGCAACUAUGGAUUCAGCUAAGAGUUUGAAGACGACCCCCCUCGCUGGAUAUGGAAAGAAGUCAACAGAGGAUGGACCCAAACGUGUGCCCGUGUCUCAGAAACAGGUGCCUGGCAGUGCGACCCCGACCCAGCGGGUUCUCGGCAUCGCAAACGGACCUCAGCGUGUACUGAGGCCACCCGCCCAGCAGAAACCAGGCCCCCAAAAGCAGCCACUAUUCCAGACUCUGUCAAACAAGAACACAGCAUCAAACCAGAAUGUACCACCAAAACCAGCGAGCCAACCACAGCCCCAGGUUCAGGAGCCCAGAAAAGCAACAGAGCUGGCAAACCAGGGGCAGGUUGCUGAUAAACCUCCAGCAAAGGAAUCUACAUCUCUGGACAAGAAACGAUGGAGCCUGGAAAACUUUGACAUUGGUCGUCCUUUAGGAAAAGGAAAGUUUGGGAACGUUUACCUGGCCAGAGAGCGACAAUCCAAGUUUAUCCUGGCUCUGAAAGUGCUGUUUAAAACCCAGCUGGAGAAGGCAGGUGUGGAGCACCAACUGAGACGAGAGGUGGAAAUCCAGUCACAUCUCAGGCAUCCGAAUAUCCUGAGGCUCUACGGCUAUUUCCAUGACUCCUCCAGAGUGUACCUGAUCUUGGAAUAUGCUCCCAAGGGUGAAUUGUACAGUGAGCUGCAACGAUCUGGCAAAUUCAACGAACAAAGAAGCGCUACUUAUAUUACUGAGCUGUCGGAUGCUCUUCUGUACUGUCAUUCUAAGAAGGUGAUCCACAGGGACAUCAAGCCAGAGAAUCUUCUGCUCGGGGCCAGUGGGGAGCUGAAAAUUGCAGAUUUUGGAUGGUCUGUGCAUGCACCCUCUUCAAGGAGGGCGACUCUGUGCGGGACUCUGGACUACCUGCCUCCUGAGAUGAUUGAAGGCAGGAUGCAUGAUGAGAAGGUGGACCUGUGGAGCCUUGGAGUCCUCUGCUAUGAGUUUCUGGUGGGGACCCCUCCCUUCGAAACCAAGAGCCACGAGGAAACUUACAGAAAGAUUUCUAAAGUUGAUUUCAGUUACCCCCAGUUUGUUAGCGAGGGUUGCCGAGAUUUGAUCUCCAAGCUGUUGAAACACAACCCCAACCAGAGGCUGCCCCUGCCUGGCGUACUCACCCACCCCUGGGUCGUAGCAAACUCCACAAAACAGCCGACUGCCCCGUCGAAGAUCACACCUCCCACCCCACAGCCCAGCUCCAGCAAGUGAGGCAGCAGAGUGAAGACGAUGUGUCCAUUCCAGGCACAUGACCUAGUAUUCAAAUUAAUUCACUGCACAUGGCAAGCCACACAAAGCAGAUUCCUUCAGCACAUGCAAAACUAUAAGGGGCAAGAAUUAACAGAAAACAAUGUCUUGUUUUAAAAGACUGGUCAUCAAGGAGUCUCCUGUACUUGAAUAUAAUGUUGGGUUAAGCUGUUCUUUCCCUGACUUUUUUUUAAUUCCUCAUUUUAUAUGUGUCUGUCAAUCCUCGUCUUCAAGGCCUUUUAAGCAGUGCAAUAGCCAGUUUGAGUGCCUGUGACUUAUUUAUGGAGCCCUGGUUGUGAGGGUUUGUGAUUUGGCCUCUGCAGAGUGGAUGUGGCUGUACUACCAGGAUCUUUUGUAAAUAUUUAGUUUUAAGAUGAUUAUGACCCUUUUUUUAAAUUUGUUUUUUAAUUAAUAAAAUUAAUUAAUAUUGCUUGUGUUCUCAGUUUUAAUUGGUUGGCAUUGCAAUGGUUACAAUGCAAAAUGUGGUUGCUAGUUCUCUGGGAUGGUCUGGUGGGAUAAUAAAAUUUCACAUGUUACUGCAAGGGCAUUGCAUAGUGCAGUAAAUGGGACUGGUGUUACAAUGUUUAGAUGGGUUUUGUUUGGAAUAGGAGAUUCUCUUCAUCCCUGCUCUUUACACAUAGUUGAGUUUUGGGAAUGUGUUGGUUCAGAGUGGUAGAGAGGAGGCUUGGGUGCAGGCUGCACCAGCUACCUGGCAUGCAAAGGUGUGGCUCCUGAUGGAUUGCAGUGAAACAGGGUUUUCUUUUAUUGAAUGAUUGGUAAACAAAUAUGCUGCGAUUGUCAAGUUCAAAGAGCCGUAGAGAUUUGUUGUGUGGCAGGCCUGUAACUGUUCCUGUCUAUAUGGAAACUUGCCAUGUUCCCUUUUGAACUAAUAUUCUGAAAGCAUUCGGUCUCCCAUGGUUUGGGAGUUACUUAACUGCAAUAUGACAAUAAUAGUAGGGUCAAGGUCACUUAAGUGGUUCAUAUAAUCGUGCACAUGUAAACACCAACCCGGACAAAAUGACUUAUUUGUCUAUGCAGAGCAAAUAUUAUGUGCUGUCCGCUGUUCAGUUUUGACAUUCCUUCAGAAAGGGUGUGUUCUCCAUUAAUCCAAAGUGGCACAAACUUGUGUGCAAUUCUUAAUUUGCACUUAUUAAUCCAAUAGUUGAUUGCUGCUGUUGUAUAUUCCAUAUACUGUAUGCAUAACCUCCUCCUCAGACCUCCUGUACAUAAUCUAUAUAAAGGCAUGGCAGGGUAUUCUUUCCAUUUUGCAGUUGUGUGAUCUUGAUCUUGCAGACACAUGAGGCAGGCUCUGGUGAUGCUAUUCUGCACAUUCCAGAGACUAUGUGAAUCUGAACACAGUGGUGAUGUCUGCUGGAAUGGAGUGCAUUAUGUACCUAGAAUUUUCUAGUAACUUUAUUUUCAUGUGAAAAUUCAAUUGAAAUGUAGUAUUACUUCAGCAGAUAAUAAAAUAUA